UCUUUCUGCAUCAGGGCAAGGAAGAGAUCACGCAGAAAUCACUGAUUAGCGAUCAGAAUCGAGGGGCCUGGACAAGUAGUGGUGCUGAUUGGAGGCGCCACCUGCUCAAAUUGAGAGCGAGAACUGUGUUACUUUGGAGCCUGCUCACGAAGACCAGCCAUGGCGGUUAGAACGCUGAACGCAAAUGCGGAGUCGCUCAACAAGUCUGCGGCUCUGUUUAUGAAUAUAAAUGCAGCUAAGGGACUCCAGGAUGUGCUCAAGACAAACUUGGGACCAAAAGGGACCAUCAAAAUGCUUGUUGGUGGUGCGGGCGAUAUCAAGCUCACCAAGGAUGGAAACACUCUUCUCCGUGAAAUGCAAAUUCAAAACCCGACGGCGGUCAUGAUUGCUCGGACGGCAACUGCACAAGAUGAUGUAGCGGGAGAUGGCACUACGUCCACCGUGCUGCUGAUUGGUGAACUGAUGAAGCAGUCGGACCGCUUUCUGGCAGAGGGAAUGCACCCAAGGCUCUUGACGGAGGGGUUUGAGAUAGCAAAGAAGGCCACGCUGGAAUUCUUGGAGAAGUUCAAGCAGCCUGUAGAAGUAGGUGAUAAGCCUGACAAGGAGCUGCUGAAGAUGGUGGCCAGGACGACUCUGCGGACGAAGGUGCACGAGGAGCUGGCGGAUCAGCUGACAGAUAUCGUAGUCAACUCGGUUCUUUGCAUCAGAACGCCUCCGGAGCCAAUUGACCUCUUUAUGGUUGAAAUCAUGCAUAUGCGACACAAGUUCGGCUCAGACACCUCUCUGAUUGAGGGCCUCGUCUUGGAUCAUGGUGCCCGGCACCCUGACAUGCCAAAGCGAGUCGAGAACUGCCACAUCCUGACCCUCAACGUUUCUCUAGAAUAUGAGAAGAGUGAGGUGAAUGCGGGGUUCUUCUAUAGUAGUGCGGAGCAGAGGGAGAAGAUGGUGGCAGCAGAGAGGAAAUUUACGGACGACAAGGUGCAGAAGGUUAUCGAGCUCAAGAAUAAGGUGUGCAAAGAGGGGGAGAACUUCGUGGUCAUCAACCAGAAGGGUAUCGACCCCAUCUCACUAGACAUGCUGGCGCGCGAAGGGAUCGUGGGUCUGCGGCGCGCAAAGCGGCGCAACAUGGAGCGCCUGGUUUUGGCGUGCGGGGGCGAGGCGGUGAACUCGGUGGACGACCUGUCCGCGGACGUACUGGGGUACGCGGGGCUGGUGUACGAACACGUGCUGGGAGAGGAGAAGUACACCUUCGUGGAGAACGUCAAGAACCCGCACUCGUGCACCAUCCUCAUCAAAGGGCCGAAUGACCACACCAUCGCUCAGAUCAAGGAUGCCGUGCGGGACGGGCUGCGUGCUGUAAAGAACACGCUAGAGGACGGAGCCGUCGUGCUGGGAGCGGGGGCGUUCGAGGUGGCCUGCAGGCAGCACCUAAUGCACGACAUAAAGAAGACGGUCAAGGGGCGCGCCCAGCUAGGAGUGGAGGCUUUCGCGGACGCACUGCUGGUCAUUCCCAAGACGCUCGCAGAAAACUCGGGCCUGGACACGCAAGAUGUCAUUAUUAAUCUCCAGUCCGAGCACGAUAGCGGAUCGGUGGUGGGGCUGAACAUCGUCACGGGCGAGCCGAUGGACCCCCAGGUGGAGGGCGUCUUCGACAAUUACAACGUCAAGAAGCAGAUCAUCAACUCUGCGCCCGUUAUCGCCAGCCAGCUUUUGCUAGUAGACGAAGUUAUGAGGGCAGGACGGAACAUGCGGGGCAAGUAGUCCAUUCUAACGACAUUAAGCCGCUGACUGUGGAUCAUGUUUCUGAACCCCACACCCACGAGUACCAAUAUUCCCCAAGGUUGGGUCCUCUGCCA